AUGGCAACAGACAUACGCCCCAAUGGCCAGACCAACGGGCACACUAACGGCGCGCUGAAGAGAGUGUUGCGGAUUGCUGGCGUAUCGGGAGGAGUCUUUGAUCGCUUUCGAUCAAUGCAAGAUUUGGCAAAAGAUCCAAGCAUCGAUGUGCUUUUCGGGGACUGGAUAUCAGAAAUCAGUAUGACGUUUCGCGGCAACGAGCGCGCUACUCGCGAUUCGGAUGCAGAACGAACAGCCUUCGAGAUGAGUUUCGUCGCGGCGCUGAAACCUGCCAUUAAAGAUAUUGCGAAGAAUAAGCAGCGAGUCAUCUCAAACGCCGGCUCGUGUGACCCAGAAGCUCUCGCUAAGGUUGUACAGCAGCUCGUCAAAGACCAAGGAAGCGAUUUGAAGGUUUCAUGUGUAACAGGUGAUGAUGUGACGGAGCAGUUCAAAGCGAUGCUGAAGAGCGGAGAGAAGUUUCCAUCACUGCCUUCGGAUAUUCCAAUCGAUCAAUGGGGCCAAAAACCUGUAUGCGCACAAGCAUAUCUUGGGGGAGUGGGCAUUGCGGAGGCUCUACGGCAUGGUGCGGAUAUCGUAAUAUGUGGGCGAGUGGCCGACGCCGCGCCCGUCAUUGGAGCCGCUAUGUGGUACCAUAACUGGGGAAGAGACGACUUCACACAGCUCGCAUAUGCACUCGUAGCAGGCCACUUGCUCGAGUGUAGCGCGUACGUAACCGGAGGCUACUACACUGGCUUCAAGCAGGAACUACUAUAUGCGAACAACUGCACCAACUUAGGCUUUCCUAUCGGCGAAAUCGAAGCGACUGGCGAGUUCGUGAUCACGAAAGAAGAGAACGCGGGCGGGAUCGUGAACAUACAGACCGUUACCGCCCAGCUUCUGUAUGAGAUCCAAGGACCGCUCUAUUACAACUCCGACGUUACUGCCCGCUUCGACGGCAUCAAACUCACCGACGAAGGCCAGAACCGUGUACGCGUCACCGGAGUAGUCGGCUCACCUCCACCACCUACAACAAAGAUCGGCAUCACCGCCCGCGGUGGAUGGCAAGCCGAAGUCCAUUUCUUCCUCACUGGGCUCGAUAUCGCGGAGAAAGUGGAGCUUGUGAGGCGCCAGACGCUCGAAUCAAUGGGCGACUACCGGAAAGAGUUUCAGACUCUGACCUUCAAUGUCACUGGGUCGGUGCCAAUCAAUCCAAAAAACCAGGCAAGCGCGACAGUAGAUCUCCGUAUCUUCGCCCAAAGCCGCAAUCCGGAUCUGAUGUCGGCUGGUACGCAUAAGGGGGUCGCGCCUGAUACCCCAAGUUUUGGGAAGUGGUGCAUCGAGAACUGUCUCCAGGGGUAUCCGGGCGGCACUCCAGCUAUGGAUCUGCGGCAGAGCAUUGGGAAGCCAUUCUUCGAAUACUGGGUAGCGCUAUUCCCCCAGGACAAGAUUAAUCACGAACUGCACACUUUCGAUGGGAAGACAGUACCGAUACCGCCCCCAUCGAAUACUCGGGUAUAUCCAAGACGACAAGAUUCCUACGACACUGCGUUGCCAUUGGCUCUGGAUACAUGGGGAAAGACAGUGCGAGCUCCCUUAGGCCACGUCGUCCAUGGCCGAUCAGGCGAUAAGUCAUCAGACUGUAACCUAGGCUUGUUUGUGCGGCAUGCCGAUGAAUGGGACUGGCUGCGCUCGUUGAUGUCAGUGGGAAAGCUGAGGGAGCUACUGGAGGAAGAAGAUAAGGGAAAGAAGAUCGAUAGGUUUGAGAUACCGGCACUGUAUGCUGUGCAUUUCCUAUUGAGGGAUCAUCUGGACAGAGGCGCGAACUCUAGUAGUUCGUAUGAUAUCUUGGGGAAGAAUUUGUGCGAGUACGUCCGGUGCAAGCCAGUGGAUAUACCGAAGGUGUUUUACGAUAGAGGCACGAUAUAG